CCUGGAGCCCGGGACCCCGGGACCCCCGGGACUCCGGGGUCCCCGACCCUCCACCUUGGGGCAGGACGGGGGGCCCCUGGACAGUCCUCCCACUUCCUGACUGCGGGGGAAGAGGAGAGGGGUGGUGCCCCCCCACCCCGGGUUGGACCCCCAGAGUUCAGGGCUUCACCCGUCCCCGUCCCCAGAGCCCCCCGAGCCUCGCCGAGCCGCCUCCAUGGCCCCCCACCUCCACGGCCUCCCGCCACCACCGAAAACGCGACCGCCGCUGCUGGGCCUGCUUCUCCCCGCCUUGAUGUCCACCGUGGCCUCCCUCCCGGCCCUCGUCCCCAGGGUCAGCUACGCCACAGGCGACGGGCGGCGGGCCUUGGACUUCUUCCACCUGGAAGGCCUCCAGGACUUCGACUCGCUCCUGCUGUCCGGGGACAGGGAGACGCUCUACGUGGGGGCGAGGGACACGCUGCUGGCGCUCCGGGUUGGGGGCUCGGGCCCCCUGACCCUGCAGAGCUCGGUCCCAUGGAGAGCCAGCCAAGAGAAAACCGCCGAGUGUAUCUUCAAGAAGAAAAGCAAUGAGACCGAGUGUUUCAACUUCAUCCGGGUGCUGGUGGCCGUGAAUGGCUCACACCUGUACACCUGUGGCACUGGAGCCUUCAGCCCCGCCUGCACCUACGUCGAUCUGUCGGACUUCAGCCUGGCCCAAAUGGCCACCGGGCAACCCCUGGACGGGAAGGGGCAAUCGCCCUUUGACCCCGCUCACAAGCACACAGCCAUUAUGGUCGACGGAGCGCUGUACUCGGGGACCAUGAACAACUUUUUGGGAAACGAACCCAUCCUCUUGCGGUCCCUGGGGACCCAACCGACGCUCAAGAUGGACAACUUCCUCCGCUGGCUGCAGCCGGACGCAGCAUUCGCCGCCUCCUUCUCCAAUGGCUCCUUCGUCUACUUCCUGUUCUCGGAGACGGCCAGCGAGUUCCACUUCUUCGAGCCCCUCACUGUGUCUCGCGUGGCCCGCAUCUGCCAGAAUGACAAGGGUGGGGAGAAGCUGCUGCAGAAGAAGUGGACAACUUUCCUGAAGGCCCCGCUCACGUGCAAGGUGCCCGGCCAGCUGCCCUGCGCCGUGGUCCGCCAUGCCGUGCUGCUGCCCGCCCUCGCCGGGGUCGCCCCCGCCCGCGUCAUCGCCACCUUCACCUACCAGUGGCAGACGGGGGGCUCGGUGGUCUGUGAGUUUCCCCUGGAGGCCGUGGAGGCGGCGUUCGCCGGGCGGUUCAAAGAGAUGAAUCAGGAGAGUUCCCGUUGGACCCCAUUCACCGGCACCGAACCCACGCCCCGGCCGGGCACGUGUUCCACAGGCCCCUCGUCUGCCAAGGUGCUGACCUUCCUGAAGGACCAUUUCCUCAUGGACGGGGAGGUGACCGGGUCCCUCCUCCUGGCCAAGGCCGACACCACCUACACGCGCCUGGCAGCGGAGCAGGCCCGGGGGCUCGAUGGGCACCCCUACCUCGUCCUCUACCUGGGCACCGACUCGGGCCGCCUGCAUAAGGUGGUGCUGGCGGACGGCGGCGGGGGCGAGGCAGCCCGGGAGGCCUACCUGGUGGAGGAGAUCCAGCUGUUCCCGAAGCCCACCCCCGUGCGGGAACUGCUGCUGGAGCCCCUCCAGGGGGUUCUGCUGGUGGGCUCCGCCCAGGGCCUGGUGCGCCUCCCGAGAGCCAACUGCUCCGUCUACCCGACUUGUGCCGACUGCGUGCUCGCCCGGGACCCGCACUGCGCCUGGCAGCGGGAGCGAGGCGUCUGCGGGUCCGCCCCGGGCCUGCCCCGAGGGCCCCACCCCAGCCCGUUCCCGUGGCAUCAGGAUGUGGAAAGGGGAAACCCGAGGUACGCCUGUGGCGGGGAUAUAGGCCGAAGCCUCCGGCCCCAGGACCAGGCCAAGCCAGACGUGGUAUUGGAGGUCCUGGCCGCCCGCCACAUCCUGGUGGAACUCCCCUGCCCCCGGGCCUCGGCCCUGGCUUCCUACGAGUGGACGCAGGGGGUGCCUCCGAACACCGUCAUCCCCAGCCGGAUCGGGCCCUCCACCGGAGACCUGCUGCUGGGCCCGGAGGCCGACGGGCUCUACCAGUGCUGGGCCGAAGAGGCCGGCUACAGGCACCCCGUGGCCACCUACUGGGUUCACGGCCCGGACCGGCCCCGUCCGCCAGACCCCUCGCUGGCCGGGGUCCCGGUGAAGCCCUGGGCGGUGGCGGAGGGCGGGCAGGCGGCCCCCGCCGGCUCCCGCUCCUACUGGCCGCACUUCGUGGUGGUCACGGUGCUCCUGGCCCUGCUGGUGAUGGGCUCCCUGGUGGCCCUGCUGGUCCCCCGCCUGGCCGCUCUGCGGGCGCGGGGCAGGGUCCAGGGGGACCCCAUCUCCCCCAGGGAGAAGGAACUCCUCACCCCCGGGGAUCCCCGCGGCGCCCAGCCCCCUGACAAGGAGCACCCAGACGUCCUGGAAGUGAUGCCCCCCGGUGUGGUGGGGGGCGGGGGGGACGAAGGGAUCCGACCCUAAGGGACUGCCGGCGUGGGGGACCCUCCUAUUACAGAUGGACGUUGUGUGUGUUGGGGGGUCAGGGUGGAGUGACACCGCACCAUUGCAGACUAGGCGGGAAAACCCUACCAUUCCGGACUGUGGGAAGGGCAGGGGGAGAGACCCCACCGUUGCCGACUGCGAGGGGAGGCCCUACCUUUACAGGCCGCGGAAAGUGGGGGAGGGAGGCCUUACCAUUACAGACUGUGAGGGGAGACCCAACCUUUCCAAAGCGUGGUGGGAGGGGACCCUUGCCGCGACAGACCGGCGAGGAGACCCCAGCAGAAUGGCCCGUCGCGGUACGUGCGGUGCCGGGGUGCCGCCUGGGUUGGAUCUGAGCCCUCCGGCCAGGACAGCAGCCCACACCGUUUCCUCAGAGAAGCAGCGGGGCCUAGGGGAGAGUCUGUAUAAGCCUGGCGGCGGCGGGGGAGGACGACGGUCCGUGGACUUGGGUUCCAAUCCCGGCUCCAUCGUUUCCCCGCUGGGUGACCUCGCACAGGUCACUUAACUUCUC